CGCGCACCGUCCUCGACUUGUCCAUGAAAGACUGGUCCUCCGUCCGGAGCACAGCCUGGGACGCUAGCGACAACCAGAAGUGGGUCGCAGAGCGUGCCGAGACAGGCAGCGGGUGGACCUUCCGCAGCGUCGCGACAGGCUUGUUCCUUAGCGUCGAAGGCACCCCGCGCCCCAACGCGUCCGUCGUGGCUACCCGCGAGGUGACGACAUGGGACUUAUACCCUGCACGCGACCCGUCUACAGUCAGACUCGUUGUCUCCGGGCCCGGGGCACAAUUGUGCGUGCAAGUCGGGAGCAGCGGUGCCAGCGUGAAGCUGGGAGACCUCCGGGAUGGCGGCGAGGCGCAGCAGUGGCGGCUAGAGAAAGCGUAAACAUGGGUGAGGUGUGCCGACACCUAGACGAAGGCGAGGGUAUCUGUCAGUUGCCAAUGGACACUUCGUCGAUCAUCAGUUUUCGUUGUUGCUCGGUUUCUCACCUGUUUCGGCUCGAAGGACUUGCCAUCGCGUACC